AGUGCACAGAAAGGCCAUAAGUAAACCAAUAUCCUUCAAAAAGGUCUUGUCAAUAUAGCGGAUAAAUAAAAUAAUGUUAAGUAAAAUGAACUAGUCAAAGUGUACUUGCACUGGAUGUGCUGUUUUCAGCCUCAUCACUGGCUGCAGUCAUGACCUCAUCUCAUAUCUGAAACACCUGUGAUUCAGCAACUACCUGCUAAUGCACUCACAUUCAAGUAAAGUAUCCUUGUUGACAAGUUUGGAUGAGUAAAGGCAAAACAUACAAGAUAUAGUACCUGUAGAUGGCGAAAUCACUUCUUUACAGCAGAAACAAACUGCUGCAGAAAAAGUUAGGUGCCAUGAAAAAUGUAAUGUGUAAUUACAUUACUCAUCACAAAUGUACUGGAGUAAAAAGUACAUUUACUUGUUCAAAAAUGUAGUCAAGUAGAGAGUAAAAGUUGCUAAUAUCUAUACUCAAAUACUCGGUACAACUACAAAAUAGUGAAAAAGAUACUUAAGUGCAGUAACCAAUUACAUUUACUCAAAUACUUUACACCUCUGGGGCCUUUGCAUCUGGCUUAAAAAAAAAAAAAAAAAAAAAAAAAACAGGAAGUGGAAACUGCAUAAGAAAGGCUUUCGAACAGUUCAGUCCAAAUAAGAGAGAAGUAACUCUCCUCAGUGCUUCAUUAUACUGUUCGGCAGGAUGCAACAUUUCUGAUUAAAUUGGACCAAGUCUUCUUGCGGGACAUCAGACUGAAGACUGACAGUGAAGGUCUUCUGUGAGGUUGACACAUUCAGUCCAGUGAUUACCAUGAAUUCCAGAAAGUUGAGUCCUUUACCACGCACAUCCUAUUUGAUUCAUCGUGGCCCACCAAAACGAUUUCGUCUAGCCACAGAAAGAAAUGUGCUUGAUGAUAAUGGAAAAGUCAGAAAAUGGACUUUUGGGAUAAAAGACAAAAGUAAACAAAACAAAAUUGUUCUGCUGGUGGGAGAAACCGGAGCUGGAAAGACGACUCUCAUUAACACCAUGGUCAACUAUUUGCUGGGGGUGAAGUUUGAGGAUGAAAUGUGGUAUGAAAUCACAGAAGAAGAAGCCAGAGACCAAUCAGAAUCACAAACCUCUGAAAUCACCAUGUACGAGUUCUGUCCAUUAAAGAGUCUCAUGUCUCUCACCAUCAUUGAUACUCCAGGCUACGGAGACACUAGAGGACUGGAAAAAGAUCUAGAAGUUGCUGAGAAUUUAUCUGUUCUGUUUCAGAGUAAUGAUGGAGUUCAUGAGAUUGAUGCCAUUUGUUUUGUCAUUCAAGCAUCUAAGAAUCGUCUCUCGGACAGACAGCAUUAUAUUAUCAGUUCAGUUCUGUCUUUGUUUGGGAAAGACAUUGUGAACAACAUUGUGUUUUUAAUAACACACUCUGAUGGUCUGGAACCCAAUAACGUCCUUGGCGCCAUUAAUAUAGCUAAAAUCCCCUGCAGACGAGACCACAAUAACAAGCCAGUUCAUUUCAUAUUUAACAACCGUCAGGCUGAAGCCCACCACAAUGAGAAACGUUACCUUCGUGCUCAAAGAGAUGCUUGGGAAAACAGCAUGGAAGAGAUGAAUCUAUUUCUUCAGUCACUGGAUGAAAAGAACAGGAAGAGUUUAGAGUUGACUUCAAAUGUCCUGAUAGAGCGCAUUCAAUUUGAAGCGUAUAUUUGCAACUUACGGCUGCGAAUUCAAGAGAAAGAAUCAAAGAUGUCUGAAAAAAUUCAGAUCCAGGAGGCAAUAAGACAAAACAAAGAUAAGGUUGACAGACAUGCAAACUUUAGCAUUAGAGUAAAAAAAACAGUCAAAGAGAAGGUUCCCAUUGAAAGCAUGUCAUGGAAGAGCAGGAAUGCGACAACCUGUACUGUCUGUGAGGAAAACUGCCAUGAGCUUGACUGCUGGUGGGCUUCUAAUCCCAGCAAAUGUGAAGUCAUGAAAAAAGGCUACUGCACCGUCUGCACAGGGAAGUGCCAUCACAGCAAACAUGUCAAAGAAAACAAGAAAUAUAUCAUCAGAAACUUGAACAUUGUGAUGCAAUUUGAAGAUUUAAAAAAGAGAUAUGAAAAAGCCCUAGAACAAACCAAGACACAUUUGGUUGUAAUGGAACAUCUUAGCAAAGAUCUGCAGGAGCUUGAGGACCAAAAGUCAACUCUUCUGUUCAAUGCUUACAGGACCAUCAAGCAUCUGUCUCAGAUUGCAUUAAAGCCAGACUCCGCGUUCACUCUUCAUCAUCUCGACUUCUUCAUCCCCAGACUGAAGGAGGCUAGGAAAGUAAACUGGGCCCAAGAGCUGGAGGAAAUGAAGAGAACCGCUGAAGCUGAGGAAGCAAAUAAAGAUGCUCUGAGUUAUCUGAAAGCUGGUCUGACAAAACUGGAACGUGUUUUUAGUGGGCAGUGAACAAAUGCAGAGAGGACAAGAAAUCAAUGAGAAUGAUCUGUAAAUAAUAAUAAUAAUAAAGAAAAUAAAAUAUAGUAUCAAGCUGGUACUAAAUGGUAGUUUUGACAGAAAAUAUUGCAUCCAUGAACAUUGUGUUUACACUUGUGUUAAUCCUGAUUGAACUCUUUUAUGUUUUAUCUCAAUUGUUGGAGUCUUUCAUUUUUUUUUUUUUUUAUACUUUUGCCUGUAUUGUUAUUUCCUUCAGAUUUGUCUGUCUUGAUGUCAAUAUCAAUUUUUUUUAUUAAAUAAAAUAACUAAAAUAAAUACAAGAAUAUAUUACAUUCAUAAAUGUUGUAUUUUGUUGACCGAGCUAGAAAACCUCAUUAUCUUCAAAUAAGUGACAAAUAAUUAGGGAAAGGAUGCAAAAAAGAAAAACAUGUAUAGGCAUAUUUGAACCUUUCAUAUGAAAAAUAGAAUUUGUCCAUUUAAAUGAGUGCACACCAUCUUUAUCAAGUUUUUUUUUUUUUUUUUUUUUUGUCUCUAUCUUGUGCAUGUAGCAAAUUAGCUUAAAUAUGAAUAAUUAAUCAGAACUUGUUAUAAAUAAUUAUAAAUAUUUGGACCAGCUGAUAGAAUUAACUUGAUGUAGCUGAAUUAAUAUAACAAUCAAUUAAUCUGUUUGUCCAGCGAACACUCAGUAUUGAUUAUCUAUCAACUCUCAGAAAGGAUAUUUUCUGUGGCCGCAGCAAAAUAACCCUUUCUUAGCAUGUAGCUGUGUUUGCAUCGUUAAAUUGACGUUGAUUUACAAGCAGGGACCAGAAUCAAAACUCACAUGAAUGUCCACAAAAGUUUUAUUCAAAUAAACAUAAGUAAUCUAAACAAACACAUAUACACAAUUAUGCAUACAUGGGUAAAAAGAGAAAAACUGGAAAAGAACAGGGGAAUCAAGAGUAAUUUAACCACCUGGAAGAACCAUCAGUCCUUACUACAAAGCUUCUUUGUUAACAAAGGGGUUCACAACUUUAACUAACUAAUCAGUGAUUUAGAAUAUCGUAUGAUACUUGCAUUUACCUUAUCUGUUUAACCCUUUAGAACCUAAAGCUAAAAUAGCCCGUUUUCACAUAUUAUGUUUUUUUUUAUUAUAAAAUUCUCACACAAUGUGCUAUCUUCAAGUGCAGUGUCAUUUUUUUUUUUUUUUUUUUUUUCCAGAAAACAAAUGGCUUUCAAUA